AUGGCCAGAGUGAUCAAACUGUUCGGUUUGCUGUGUUUAGUGGUGGUGACACUCGCGGCGGAAGUUCGCGUGAAACGUCAAGAUGACGACCAGGAUCCGGAUUCGGUGAACGUCGAGGAGCUGUGCAAGGAUCGGCCGGGAGACGAGUACUUCCGCCUGUCCACCGAAGGCGACUGCCGUGAAGUUGUGAGGUGCGACGAUGCGGGAGAGAACGGCAUCACGCGGCUCGCGACCGUUCGUUGCCCGACCGGGCUGUACUUUGACGUGCUGCGUCAAACGUGCGACUGGAAAACGAACGUGAAAAACUGCGACCAGCUAGGAAAACCACGUAAGGUUCUGCCCAUCCUGAAGACGGAUGAACCGAUCUGCCCGGAGGGAAAACUCUCCUGCGGCAACGGCGAAUGUCUUGACAAGGAGCUGUUCUGUAACGGCAAGCCCGACUGCAAGGACGAGUCCGACGAAAAUGCGUGCACCGUCGAAUUGGAUCCAAACCGUGCGCCGGAUUGCGAUACGAACCAGUGUGUGCUGCCGGAUUGUUUCUGCUCGGCCGACGGUACGCGCAUUCCCGGAAACAUUGAACCGCAGCAGGUGCCACAGAUGAUCACCAUCACCUUCAACGGUGCGAUCAACGUGGACAACAUCGACCUGUACGAGGACAUCUUCAACGGGCAGCGACAGAACCCGAACGGUUGCCAGAUCCGCGGUACAUACUUCGUCUCGCACAAGUACACCAACUACUCGGCCGUGCAGGACCUGCACCGCAAGGGACACGAGAUUUCGGUCUUCUCGCUCACGCACAAGGACGACCCGAACUACUGGACGCAGGGCACGUACGACGACUGGCUGGCGGAGAUGGCCGGCGCUCGGUUGAUUGUGGAACGUUUCGCCAACAUUACCGAUGGCUCGAUCAUCGGUGUCCGUGCGCCGUAUCUGCGCGUCGGUGGUAACAAGCAGUUCGAGAUGAUGGCCGACCAGUUCUUCGUGUAUGACGCCUCGAUCACUGCCUCGCUCGGACGCGUGCCCAUCUGGCCGUACACGCUGUACUUCCGUAUGCCGCACAAGUGCAACGGCAAUGCCCACAACUGCCCGUCCCGUAGCCACCCGGUGUGGGAGAUGGUGAUGAACGAGCUCGACCGUCGUGAUGAUCCCACGUUCGACGAGUCACUGCCCGGUUGCCACAUGGUCGACUCCUGCUCGAACAUCCAGUCCGGCGAGCAGUUCGGUCGCCUUCUGCGUCACAACUUCAACCGCCACUACAAUAGCAACCGUGCGCCGCUCGGUCUCCACUUCCACGCGUCCUGGCUGAAGUCCAAGAAGGAGUACCGCGAGGAGCUGAUCAAGUUCAUCGAGGAGAUGCUCGGCCGUAACGACGUGUUCUUCGUCACCAUGCUGCAGGUCAUCCAGUGGAUGCAGAACCCCACCGAACUGAACGCGCUCCGUGACUUCCAGGAGUGGAAGGAGAAGUGCGAUGUCAAGGGUCAGCCCUACUGCUCGCUGCCGAACGCCUGCCCGCUGACGACCCGCGAACUGCCCGGCGAGACGCUGCGUCUGUUCACCUGCAUGGAGUGCCCGAACAACUACCCCUGGAUCCUGGAUCCGACCGGCGAUGGCUUCUCGAAGAAGUAA